AUGCCACUUAUAAUCCUCACCGGGUAUCCUUGCUCCGGCCUCACGUACCGCGCCAACCAAAUCUCCACCCUCCUCUCCUCGAUCCAAGACUCCCUUACCGACACAACCACCUCCAAAGGCCGAUAUAAAUUUCACACUGUCAACUCACAUGAUGUGUCGCAUCCGCGAAAUGUAUAUGAUGCCGCGAGGUCAGAAAAGGAAGCUCGAGCGGUGGUAUAUGGGCGGGUCAAGAGAGCGCUGGGCAUGGAUACGUUCGUGAUCGUGGACGGGCUGAAUUAUAUUAAGGGAUGGAGGUACCAGCUCUGGUGCGAGAGUAAGGCAGCGGGAACGACGUGUUGUGUGGUUCAUGUUGGAACACCGAUUGACCAGUGCAUCGCGAAUAACGAAGCUCGCAUACGGAAGCGGGAACGAAAGGAAAAGGGUGGGGAGGGAGAGGACGGGAAAAGGAGAGAAGAAACAAGCAACAACACUCAAGCAGAGACGGAGAGCGAAAUCCCUCCAGCAAAUGAUGAUGAGGAACCAUAUACCCCCGAACUCCUCCAAAACCUCAUAUUCCGCUACGAAGAGCCUUCAACUCAUAGCCGCUGGGACAAGCCACUGUUCACCGUACCGUGGAGUGACCCUACCCCCCCCGCAGCAGACAUAUGGACCGCAUUAACAGGAAUGCCCAUUCCCAAACUACAAUCCGCAACCGACAAUAACACUACCCUCUUCACAUCCAGCGCAACCUCUUCACAGCCGUCCAAAAAGAUCUCCUCAACGACAACAACAACAACAGGGACCAGCACCCGUCCAUCCCUCCCACGCCCAGAAAUAGUCCCCCACCAAGCAACCAUCCAACCAGCCACCGCUGACCCCAGCGCCCUCCACGCUCUCGAAAAGCGCACGUCGCAAAUAAUAUCCGCCCUCCGUACCUUCUCUCUGGAAAACCCUUCCGCCGCCGAAGCCACUGCAACCAAUGUCUCCACCGACAACGACACCUCGCUUGGCUCCGGAAUAUCCAUCUCCGUCCCAGGAGCUGAAGCGAAGGUGUUUAUCCCGGCCACGGCGCUGGCGUCUACGCCAACGGACGAACUGGCUGGUGCGGGGGGCAUACUUGCGCUCCCUCGCUUGCAGCGGCUGCGGAGACAGUGGGUUGGGAUGAACCGGGCGUAUCUGAGCCAGGGGCAUGCUAGGGGUCAGAAGGGGUUGGGCGUUGAUCAGGCGGGGGAUGCUUUUGUGAGGUUUUUGAACGCGGAGUUUGAGGGGGUGGCGGGUUGA